AUGGCUGAACCAGUAACUCCAUCUUAUGGGUCCAAUCCCUAUUAUACUAAUGAUCGUGAUUUUGGUGAUUUUUCUGAUCAUGUUACUGUUUGGAUAGAUAAACAUAUUGGUGCUGAAAAUACUUAUGAAAGUAUUAAAACAAAAUUUCAUGAUAAUAUUCAAGUUCUUCAAUCAAAUAAUCCAGCUGAACAUGAAAUAGAUGAUGAAAGUAUGCUCUAUGCUGAUCAAGAUAUGUUAAAAAAAUUAAGUGAUCAAGUUUAUUGUUUAAAAUAUUUUUCUACACCGAAACAAGGUUUACAAUAUAUUCAUAGUAAUCCACAUAAAAAAAUUUUCUUCAUUUCAUCUGGAACUAUUGGAGAAGAAGUUGUACCGCAAUUAGUUGGCUUAUCACAAAUUCAAGGUAUUUAUAUUUUUUGUGGUUUUAUUUCCAAACAUGCUGAAUGGGCAAUUGAUUAUGCUGAGAAUAUAUCAGCAAUGCUUGAACAUCAAGAUGAUUUAUUAGAACGUUUAACACGAGAUAUUGCAUUAUAUGUCGAAACAAAAGGUGAUCAACAUAAAGAAAAACAAGAAUUAUUAAAAGCACGAAAUUGUUAUGCAUGGGCAAUAAAAUUAUUAAACAGAGGAAAAAUGUUGGGUGAUAAUGGUACAGCUAAAUUAAUCGACAGAAUUACAAAGAAGUUAGACGAAGCACAUUCAUCAACAAUAUGUCCCAGUGAAGGUUAA